AUGUCUAUGUAUACGUCGAGAUUAGCAACUGAGUAUGUUCCCUUAUCAGAAAUCAAAAGACCAAUUCCACCUGUGUUGGACUAUCAGAAGAUAGAUGCAAUGCUUUCCACAUUGAAAGGAGUGCCAAUGGAAUCAGCAACUUGCAAGGUAGAAGACAUAACUGCUGGAGAGCUACCUCCAAUAGAUGUUUUUAAGAUCCGGGAAAAUGGAAAAAACUUUUAUUUUGCAUUCGGUGGUUGUCAUCGUUUUCAAGCAUACGAUAGAAUAAGCAAAGAGACCGAGAAAGAAGUUAUGGUCAAAUCCAGAAUUCUUCCUGCAACUAGAAAGUCGUUGAGAAUAUAUUUGGGAGCUUCAGUGGAUGCUCUCUUUGACAGUGUAGAUUCAGGAGCAUCGAAUUAG